CCGAGUCCGACAGAGAAUCGUAGUUUGAAGGUAAAGUAGCUCAUUCCCCGGCCGCGAGUCGACGACUGAGCGUGGAACCGCUAGCACCGGCGACAAUGGCAAUGGCGAUGAUGAUGCCUGCAGUCGAUGUUGCUUAUACGAUGUGGCGGAGCAGCAACCUUGCCACCACAUUGACUUGCCUGGGGACAGAGUUUGCCGGGGCUCGGCCUUCGGCUGGCUGUUUAUGGUCCAGCAAACGCCGAGUGUCUCGUUGCUGAAUCCUCUGACCGGGAGGGAAAUCCCCUUGCCGCCCAUCACUACUAUCCCUGAUGUGUUGGCCUACCGCCCUGAGAAGCUCCGCCGUGAAUACCUGCUUCGUCUAGGUAAUGAUGGCCGGACGGUGGCACAUGACAAGAAGUUGACCCAGAACCAGUACAUAUCAAGAGUUGCUGUGUCAGCUGAGCCCGGCAGUAGCUCCGAGGAGGAGGAGGAACCCUAUGUGAUGGCUAUCUGUGUGAACAAUGAAUACCGGCUGGCGUUUUGCAAGCCCAAUGGCAGCACAUGGAAGAUGAUUCCUCAGGGUGGCGGUGUACCUCACCUCAUUGCUUUUGCUGAUGUGGUGUUCUGGAGGGGUCAAUUCUAUGCACUCGACUAUGGUGGGAGUGUUUUUGUGUGUGAUCUUUCUCUCCCCGAAGAACCCAAGCUCUCCUUCGUUCUUGACCAUGAUCCUCGCCACUGCCUUGCCUCUGACCACUGCUACUUGGUAGUAAGUCCAGCCGGAGAUGAAUUGAUGUUGGUUGUUAGAGAUAUACGCUACACGCUCGAGCAUUUGGCUCUCUUCGAGCAAGGCCACGGUGGUGGUGUGUUUUACAACGAGGAAGAAGAUGAGGAGGAGGGUGUUAUUGAAGCUCCUGAUGUUGUUAAUGAACCUGAUGCUAGUAUCAGAAUUUACUGGACCAGCAAGUUUAGAGUUUACAAGCUGGUGGAUAAGGAAGAUGCAAAGGGCUGGAAUGAGGUGGAAAGCAUCGGCGAUUUUGCCUUGUUCUUGGGUUAUAACUCUCCUGCUGCUUUCGUCUCUACGGUAGAGCAUCCGGGAUUGACACCCAAUUCCAUUUACUUCACCGACGAUCUCACUGAAAUCCAGCCAUGGUGGAGCAGAAGGCAUAAGGGAGGUCAUGACAUGGGCAUUUACAGUCUUACCACUCGCACUAUCCAGCCCCUGUAUUCUGCUACAUCUGUAGAUGGCAACCCUUUUCUCAUGAGUCCACCGCCUGUAUGGAUCUCACCUCCCAACCAUUAGCUCACAGCCAGCCAUCCAGAAGCCGAAGAAGAAGAAGAAGUCAAUUCA